CGGAGCAGCGCGCCGGGCCCGGCCCUCGGUUCCCGGACGGCGGAGCCGGGCAGCGCCUCAGGUAGAAGAUGGGACAGUUUCCCUCAUGUUCUAGGUGACUGCAACGCCUGGUUACUAUGAAGUCCUGAGGAAGAUAGAGGGACAGUAGUGGGAUUUCUUCCCACUUCUCCAAAAAGAUCAAACAAUUGCCUAAUGGGAUUACCUCUUAUGCUGGCAUCAUGGGGAGCUGCUGCAGUUGUCUGUGCAGGGAUAGCAUCCUAGACAACCAUCCCACCAAAUUUAAGGUAACGAAUGUGGAUGAUGAAGGUAACGAGCUGGGAUCUGGGAUUAUGGAACUGACGCAGACUGAGCUCAUCUUGCACACUCACAAGCGAGAUGCUGUCAGGUGGCCCUACCUCUGCUUGCGCCGCUAUGGCUAUGAUUCCAACCUGUUCUCCUUUGAGAGCGGACGUCGCUGCCAGACAGGGCAGGGGAUUUUUGCAUUUAAGUGUUCCAGAGCAGAGGAGAUCUUUAAUUUGCUUCAGGACCUGAUGCAAUGUAAUAGUAUCAACGUUGUGGAAGAGCCUGUUGUCAUCACCAGGAACAGCCACCCAACAGAGCGGGAGCUUUCCCGGACUCCCCAGGCGCCUAACAGUCUGGGGUACACUGUCCCAGGAUUUCCCAAUGGAUUUCACAGCUUCCCUGGAGAAACCCUAUCUUAUUCUACAGCUCGCCCCCCCUCUGUGAGCAGCCUGAGGCAUUCUUCUGUGGGUGAAGACUCUACUCAUGCCCUCAUUGGGCCUGAUGAGCAGUCCCAUACCUACGUGAACACAGCCAGUGGUGAUCAGGAGCUGAGGGGCCGACAUUGUAUGCACUCCUUGCCUGAAGUCCACCCUCCUUUCCCCCACAGGAUCCACAGCUGCUCUCUAGAAGACCGCAAUCCCCAGGUUUUUCUGCAACCAGGGGAGGUUAAGUUUGUGUUAGGUCCCACAUCCACCUACAGGCACACAGUGAAACGAGAUAGCAUCUGUCAGCACCACCGGGAGUGCAGGACGUACUUCUGUGCCCCCAACAACAACAACGAAUGUGAGGAUGAGUGUGCUUCACCCCAGUGCGUCUACGAGAAUGUCAAUGGCUUGCUGCCCCCCAGCAGCACAUCUCUUCACCGAGGUGGGCGCUUGAAACUCACCCGGGAGGACCUGGGCUUAUCUGGCUGCUCCCAUCGCAGAACGGCUUUGCUGCACUAUGAGAACUUGCCAUCGCUGCCUCCAGUGUGGGAGUGCCAGCCACUCCAACGAGGGGAGGAGGUCACAGACACUGGGGAUGGGCUGACACCUUCCCCCAACGGCUACCCUGAGGCUAGUGAAGACGAUCCUUUGCAGAACUACAUGAACUCGGAAAACACUGCACUGUAUGGGGGCAGUGGCCUGCGGCGCAGCGGCUUCUUGCCAAAACCUCGUCGCAACUGCAUGUCCAGCGUCUUCAACUUUGACUUCCCCCGGCCCUGUCCAGAGCAACCACGGCAGCUCAACUACAUCCAGGUGGAGCUGGAGGCUGAGCCGCACAAGGGACAUCAGAAGUCGCCGGUCCCCCACGCCCCACCUCUUGCCACCCAUGAAGCCCACCGGACGGACUCCUAUGCGGUCAUUGACCUAAAAAAGACAGCAGCCAUGUCCAACUUGCAAAGGGCCCUGCCAAGAGAUGAUGGGACUUCAAGGAAAACUCGACAUAACAGCACUGACCUGCCUCUGUAAGGGGGAAUGCCAAGUGCAAGCACAGUGUUGUAGCUUCGGUAUCUGCCCUUCAGUGUAUUGCCCGGUGUGACAUCCAUUUGCCCUUGCCUUCUGCUUUCCUGUUUACCCCAUUGCCUCGUGUCACGGGGUGGCUCCUACAGCUGAUGUUAAGGCUAGUCUAUUUGCCAGUCUUCCCCUCUCCACUCUCCCUGUGUAGUUUGUUUUUAAAGCCUUGUGGGAUCUUUGAAGACAUUAUUUGAGGGUUAAAUUUUUCUUUCUGGAGAGAGGGGCAGAAGGUGCCAGCAUGAGAACUGGCACUGUGUGGAUACAACCUUAAAUAGGGUUAAAUCUGCUUUUCUGACAGCUCCUUGGUGCCAACAGCCUGGCUAUACAGGCAAGGCAGUAGCAUGGUGGCGGAGUGUUCCUAAAAGCAAGUUGCUUUAAGAGCUUGACUGUAAAUUGAGCCCGUUUCUUGGGGAUUUUCAUGCCUUGUGACUCCUGGUGAGCUCCAAGGGAAGUACCCUCUGUAGUGGGAUCAUUCCAAAGUCUGUUUUUUUUCUGAUCGCUGAUGACAUGGGAGCUUAUGGUGCAGUCUUUCUCCCUCUCCAGUUGCUGCUACUUUCUCCCCCCUGCUCUGUUGCCUAUUUUCCUGAAACCCAUAGAAGUCUGUGAUUCUUCUGUGCCUUUCUCAAAUUUGAUUGGAAUUGGGCAUCUCCAGAAAUUAACAGAGGAGGACAGACAGACAUGGGCACAGGUUUAUGUGAUAACAUAAACCUGGUUUCCUGAGGGGGGCUUGCUGAAAAAGUGGAUGGGAGGACUGCAAAUUUGAGAGAAGUUUGAGGCUUAGUUUAGAUACCUUAAACUGUAUGUUACCUGUUUUGUUUUUUUAAGAUACUUUUUGGUGACUGUUCAGAAGUGCUGUUGAUUUUGUUGUUUUAUUUAUUUGUUUACUCUAUAUUUAUUUAUUUAUUCAUUUAAUGCCCUUUUGUAUUGCAUUGAUAAUUGUGAAAGCUGGUGCCAAUAUGAAACACUUCCUCUCAGUGGCUCAUAACCUUUUUUGGGGACCAGAUCUCGGAACAGAGUUUGUGGCUCUGUUGUGCUGCAAAGGGGCAAAAGAGCAGCUGCAAAUCCCAAACUUGCUAGCUGAGGCUCACUGUUGGAGAGUGGGUGGGAAAUCGUACGGGAGACAUGCAAGUGUGAGCGGAGUUGCAAAGCAGCCAAGCUUAGAGUCAUAUCAAAGUUGCUGCCAACACCCAUGUGCCUGGUUGAAUCCACGUGAAAUAUUUGAUCAGUGUUUUGACUGAACGCGCAUUUUGUUUCAUACAACUGUAGACUUGGAAGGGCUAAAUUAGGCUCUUGGAUAAAUCUAUGGCCUCUGAUGUGGGUUUGUCUAUUGAAAUAAGAGCUGAAUACAAGCUGAGCUGUCAGGCCUGUGUGUGAGGUGCUGUGUAGGGUCUCUGCUUCUCUCCCAUUGCAGGAUGUUCCACCACCACUGUGUACUUGGUGACAUGCUGCAGCCUAAUCCCUUCCUGGAUUACUCUUUGCCAUUGUUAGAUGUUUCUAUGAGACAGAAGUACUCUGCGUUUGGAGUCCCAUCUUUCUGCUGUCUGUGUUCUUCACCUUCCUCCUUGGAAUACGAUUUGAGAGAUCCAGUGCUCUGUGAGUUCUCCCACUCCUGGCAGAAAGGUUGCCAAGCUUUGCCAUGUCCUCCUUGUUCCUAGUGUUUUACCAUCUGCAGAGUCAGAGAAUCUCUGGGGUGAAAGAGGAGAGAACCUGAUUGUCCAGUUGUAACUUGAUUCUGAGGUCCAGAAACUUGAUUUCUAGAUUUCUGAAGUGCUAUUGUGUCAUUUUGGAAUGUGACCUUUCUGGGAGCAAGGACAUGUGAUGUACAGUUAAGAAAAAUGAUAAAAAUAUAACUAAUGCCAUGCCUGAGUCUACACAGCACAUAUUUCUUGGCUUACUGUUUAUUGCAGUGUAAGUUAAAAGUGCUCCACGUGCUAGAAUUCAGUGAUUUUUCUUUUUUGGAGGGAAGUCCUUGUGAUUGGGGUUAGGUUUAGCUCAGUCAGUUAGAGCGUGGUGCUGCUAAUGUCAAGGUUGCGGGUUCAAUCCCCAUACAGGCUACGCUGAGGGUUGGACUAGAUGAUCUCCAAAGGUCCCUUCCAACCUUACCAUUCUAUGAUUCUAUGAUUGUCUUCCAUUCUUUUCUCCACCCCAACCAUUAUGUGUUUUGUAACUGAAAAGAAACUUGAAUAAUAUAUUUUUAUAUGUAUGCCAAAUAACUUUAUUUAAAGGAAAAAAGACAAGUAAUGUAUCCCCCUAUAUCUAGUUUUCAUUUAGGGAAGUGAGAGAAGAAGUUAUUUAUUUGAAAAAAAGAAAAACCAAAUGUAUUUAAGGAAGCUAUUUAAAUAAAGAGUUUAUAAGCUCUACGUAUCACCCUCUGGGACAGCAUUAGGAACCCUGACAUAACAGCAAGGGGCAGUGCUCUAGGAGCUUCCUAUGAGCCUGCCUUGUCACUACCUGAGCUGAGAAAUGCAAAAUAUGUAUUCCCUUCUUCCUCUAGAAAGAAGAAAAUAAAAAAAGGAUGAAAUGUUUGAUGUAUGCAUGGAGCAAGAUGUCAGGGCCCUUUCCUACCUGCAUAGAAGAGGCUUUCUGCCAAGUUUGCAGAUUGGAAGUUUGCAGGUUGGUUAAAUGCAAGGGAAGCCGCUGCUGGGUGACUGCUCAUCUAUCCAGGAGAAGUUAGGAGAGGCCUGGACUGCUUGUUUUCUUGGUGUCACCGGCUGCUCCCUGUGGGCAUGGGUGGCCUGUGGGGCUGCUACAGGUCUCCAGUGGGGUGAGGCUGGUGUGAGGAUCUGUAGGUGGUGGGAGCUCAGAGUGUUGGGACAGCACAGCUUGAUUGCUGGUGUUUCCCCUCUGUAGGCCUUGCAGAGGCUGAACUUCCCAGUGUGUCCCAGGGGAAUCCCAUUUAGGUGACUCUAAAUUAGCUUUGGAUUUGGGAAACUUGGUCUUGACCAUUCAAACUACUGACUUUCAUGUCUCCUGGACAAUUAUGUUCCCUGGCUUGUGCCUCCCUUCUUCCACUGAAGCUAAUACUCCCCUACCUCACAAGGAUGUAGAAGGCAGAAGUGACAAGGAGAUCACUGUGAAAUAGCUGUGUGUACAUAGCAAACACGCUACCGCUGCUCCCUUGUGACAUUUCUUAUUCUGUUUAUGGGAUGCAUGCUGCACCUAUUCAAAAAGGAGAAAGAGAAUUAAAUUUUCUUAUCUGUAAGGUCAAAGGAGGGCCUGUGCUGGCUGCUUCUGUGUUUGCCAUUUUCAGUGAAUAGUAGUCUGGUAGUCUUGCUUCACUGUCCUCUGCUUUACUUUGUGUUCACCCUUGUGGCCUUGAGUAGGGUGAACAGAGGCUUUGCUUGUGUGAUACUGCAAGCUCCCGGAAAGCUUAGGGUGUGUAAAGCUGGUAACAGCUAUUUGUUUGCAUUGAGUUUUUUUAUUAAUGUUAAAGCAAUUAAAUGUGAGACCACAUGCAGGGAACCUCUUACCAUUUAUGGCUCUCAUAGGACACACCAUGUUCAUGCGCCAGUGCCUUUUUUACUUUUUCAUUUUUGUGGAUAACUUCACAAAAGCAAGAUCCUCAUUAAGUGAUCAGGAUCCUUUCAGAGCUACUUAAUGCUCAGUUUCACAGGUGAUAUGAAAAUGGAAGAAAAAUCUGGAGUUGUGUUUGAACUCUGAGGCAGCAGUUCUUGGAGCACCAGGAACAGAAAUGUGGUUAUCUUGGAUUUCUAAUAUUGAAACCUGAAUGGUGCUCUCUAGUCUCACAGCUUCCUCUAGUGGUCACACUUGAAAUCGUUUUGGGGAGAAGAAAUCAACAGGUUGAAAAGGCUAGGGGAUUUGAAUUAAUAUUUUCUCAUUCUUUCAGUUCCCUCCACUUUGAUUUGGGUAACAGGCAGUGGGAAUAAUGAUUCCUACUCGUAGUUCUUUGGAGUCUUUCCCUGCUACUAUUUUCUUUUGGUUGAAAAUCAAGUUUAUGAAGUGUGUUGUAUUUUUAUGGCACUUUGCAAAGAUUACUUGCAUCUCUCCACUUAACUUACUUUUUUGUGGGCCAAAUUCACCCAAGGGCUAAUGCCACUAAAUUUGGUAGAGUCAGCUGUGACACGGCUAUUUAAGAGAAUAUUCCGUCAGGUGGCUAGAAUUCAUUUUACCAUCGCAUGAUUCUGCCUUUGUCUGUGUGUAAUGGUUCCCUUUCUUGCAGAUGUUGUUUUGAGCCUUACAUGUGAGUAUGCUGGACUUUCCAAAUGGAUGCAUAUUAAUUAUACAUGUACGUGCUUGCUUCUUAGAUGGGGAACUAAAUUAGGAAUAACCAUUGACUCCCACUAUCCCUUUCAACCGAUACCCCUCACACAACCAAGGUGAUCUUCUUAGGGCAGAAUACCUCCUGCUUUGCGGUCACAUCCGUACAUGCGGUGGUGAGUUGGAGGGAUUCCUCCAGGGCUCUGGGCAUCUAACUGAUGCCAUGCAGUUGACUAGGAGGAAAUGAAUAUGUGAAUGUACGGCUGAAACCCUUUUCUCUGGAGUUACUCUCUGAGGCUGAACUGAAGCCAUGAGAUCUGUUGCUUUCCCAAGCCUGGUUCUGGAAGGCGGAUGGUGGAAGGAUUCUGGAAGGAUUCACACUAGUGUUGCCCCUUGUGCUGACCUAUUCUGCCUAUGAACGGUAACUUGGAAGAAGGAGCAGCGUUCAGCUGUUGUUUGCUGAGACUUUCUUUGGUUUGUAAGGAUAGCUCUAGGCAGUGAUACGGAGCCAGCCUGGACAGUGGUGAGGACCUCGCAGCGUGGGCCUAACUGUCAGGUUAUACACCUGGCUGCUUAGCAGGUUUGGGUAGCCCCAUUGGAGCCUGUAUUGCAUCCUUGCUGGUCUCUCUUCCCCUGCUUGCAAGAUUGAAGCUCGAGAGAUGUUUUGGUGAGCAGCCAUGUGCUGUGCAGAGAGAAUUUGACUUAACCUCUUUAAGUGGUUCUUCUCUGGAUUUUUGAAUUGAUCAACUGGACUUUCUCCUCUGGUAUUUCUUCCCUGGUGACUGCAUAAAUAGAUCUUUUCCCUGCUCCUUUUCCAAGAAUCCCUUAUUAGAGAUACAGCAUUUCAUAGCUCUCAGUUGUCUAUUACUGUGGAAGGGAUUUUAUAUUUUUUGUGUUUUUUUUUUUCUUUCAUCCCAUUCUAUGUGCCCGCUUGUUCUCCUAAGGAAAGGAGAUUUGAGCGUUUGUGAGCUGUACCUGCCUUACAGGGAGAGGAUGGCAAAGGAGAGGCCAAACUGAGUUUAAAACAUUGGUAUUUUCUCAAAGCAGUUUGAAUGUGUUAGCUGUUACUGAAGUACUAAGUGUUAUUUUUAUUACAUAAGCCAUGCUGCUCACUGGGAGGAAAAACAAACCCAGCUUCAGCUGUUGCUGUCUUUAUUUCCAGUGAGAAAUGACUGACUAAAUACCUCUAAUUCCCAGGCUCCUGUCUUGAGCUGGCAGGGCUGCUACCUGCCUCUCGUUGGGAGGUGUGCGUGGUCCGCGCAGCACGGCUGGCGGCGAGGUGCUGCGCCAGCUCACGCUCUCAACCUCUGAUCCUGCUCGGCGGCUAUGGCCAGAGCGUGUCCUGUCCCCGUGUCUCCGUUCCUCCAUGGCAAAAUGGGGAGAAUGGCAUCGACCUUACCGUGACGCUUGUCUGAUCUGUGGGUGACAGUGCUGUAUCGGGGCUCAGCGGUUCUGCUGUGUGCUCUCUUAGCCAUUUUCUCCCAAAGCCUUCUCUGUCCCUCUGUGUAAUGCUACUCAGCCCUCUCUGCUGGUGUCUUCCCUGUGAAGUAUCAUUAAUGAGUGAUUGUUAAUGAAUGCGUUGCCACGUACUGAUUCAAAUAACAGCUUCUGCAGGGUUGUGCAGCCAGUUUUUGUGGGGAGCCUGUUUUUCGACCAGGGUAGGCUCAUCUUGAAACGCCACACACAGGUAGCAGAACAGGUUUAGACUCCUGAUACUGAACGGCACCAGAAGUGAAUAUAUUAGGGGAAAUCCUGAAAGCUUUUGAAGUUGGUACUUGCAGGCCACAGUAUAGAAAAGGCUAAUUCUAAAGAAGGGAUCUAAUUUGUUUUUCCUUCAUAAGUAAAGGUGAUUUGAAGUUGGAAGGCCCAGAUGCAUCUGUGUAAUCUCAACCUCUAUUCCCAUGUGAUUCUCCUUGUUACUUGUACUGGUGUCUUUAAUACUGAGCAUUUCUGAUGUGGCAGAAAAAACCAAGGUGCUUCGGUGCUCUGGCCACCGGGGAUUCGGAGUCGCUUUGACCUUAGAGGUUGAUCUUGCUGUGUAAAUGCUUCUUCAGGUUGUUUCUAUGGAUAUGCAUUCAGUCCCUCUUUAUAUUUCAUCCGGGUGUAACCGUGAAGGCGAAGAACAGUAGCAGUGCUAUGUUACCUGAGGAGUGCUCAUGUCUUGCAUUAACGUGCACUACGAAUGUAUACAGAAUAAACAGAAUAUGAUGAUUA